AUGAUUCAGGUGUACGAAUACUACAUCUCGCACAACCUGUCCAAGGCCUUCGAGUCCCUCUUCGGUUCCGUCACCUGCUUGCCCGGUUGUUUCUCCAUGUACCGCAUCCGCGCUGCGGAGACGGGCAAGCCACUGUUCGUCAGCCGCGAAAUCGUUGAGGCGUACUCAACCAUCCGCGUCGACACGCUCCACAUGAAGAACCUGUUGCACCUGGGUGAAGAUCGUUACCUGACGACGCUGCUGCUCAAGUUCCACAACAAGUACAAGACCAAGUAUAUUUUCCGCGCCCAUGCUUGGACUAUCGCUCCCGACUCGUGGCAGGUGUUCCUCUCGCAGCGCCGCCGCUGGAUCAACUCGACCCCCGUUACCAUCGCCUACAUCGUCUAUCUUAUCGUUAUGGUCGCCCAGAACGCGACUGUCGUCCCGAUCACGGCGUUCGUCCUCCUAGGUGCUAUCUACGGUCUGCAAGCUAUCAUCUUCAUUCUGCGCCGCAAAUGGGAGAUGAUCGGCUGGAUGAUCCUGUAUGUUCUGGCGGUGCCCGUCUUCAGUUUCGCCCUGCCGCUGUACUCGUUCUGGCACAUGGACGACUUCAACUGGGGUAACACGCGUGUGGUGGCCGGCGAAAAGGGCCAGAAGAUUGUCAUCUCGGACGAGGGCAAGUUCGACCCCGCCAGCAUCCCGCGUAAGAAGUGGGAGGAAUACCAGGCCGAGCUGUGGGAGGCCCAGACCCAGGCCGGCGGCCUGCACGACGACACUCGCUCCGAGAUGUCUGGCUACUCGUACGCCACCCGGCCCAACAUCCCCAUGUCCGAAUACGGCGGCUACACCCCCAGCCGCCCAGGGUCCAUGACGGGAUACCCGGGCAUGCCGACGGCGCCGAGCCGCAUGUCGCUGGCCGCGUCGGAGAUGCUCGGCAACAACAACCGGCAGAGCCAGUUUGGCGGGUCGCAGUUCCUGGGCCACUCGCAGUCGCAGCAGGAGUUGGAGAUGGCGAACCUCGCGGGCCUGCCCAGCGACGACGCGCUCCUGGCCGAGAUUAGGGAGAUCCUGCGCACCGCCGACCUCAUGACCGUCACCAAGAAGGGUGUCAAGCUGGAGCUGGAGAAGCGCUUUGGUGUGCCGCUGGAUUUUAGGAGGGCUUAUAUUAAUAGCGGUGAGUUUUAA